CGCGACGAAAAAAUUGAUGCCGUGGACGAAAAGCGACUCCAUCGACGCCUCUUUACGGCGAGCGUCUAUGCCGUCUCCUUUCCCGAUUUUGCGCUGAUUCUUCAUUUUCUUUUUCUCUUGAUUUUUUCUACUAUAAUGCUCCGUCGUAUCUUCGCUAGUAGAACCACCGUCAACCGCUACCGGUCUCACAUAUCCAACUGUUCUGUCCGUCGCCUCUUCUCCGCCAAUCCUUCCGAUCGUAACUCAAAAAAUUCAACCGAUUACCCGCAACUCCUCAACAGUUCACAUUCACAAGAUGAUCUUCCGCCACCGCCAUUGGUUCUCCACCGCCUCCGCCCUAGGACUCUAUCUCCUCUAUCAGGCACUUCGCGCUUUGCAUUAUCCGCGACUGUAAUAUCCGCUGCCGCAAUUCUUGCUGCAUCAUCCGUUAUCAAAUUUGAUGACAGCGAAAUUAAGGAAGAACAAGCGAAGAAGAAACGUUUGCUUGAUGAUUUCGAACACGCGAUUGACCGGUCGAAGGAGUCGUUUAAGAGAGUUGUGAAUACGAUGAAGCAUACCGGCGUUGCGGCGUCGGUUCUAUGGAAAUCUCUUCGUUCGGUUUUGUCUUCGGCUAACCAUGAAGUUUGGUCAGGGUUUGAGGUUAGGGUUGCGGCGUUAUUGGCGGAUAUUGUGGCGGCGAAUGAGAGCCGGAGGGCUGCGAUUGUUGGUGCUGGCGGUGGUGUGGUGUUGGAUUGGUUAUUAGAGUCGGUAGCAUUGUCCGGAGGGGGAAAUUAUGGGACUCAAGCCGAGUCGGCUAGGGCUUUAGCGUACUUGAUUGCUGACCCUAAUGUGUCUGAGGCGGUUCUUGGGAGGCCUCAUGCCAUUCCCAAUCUUCUCAGGUUCAUAUUCUUUGCUCAACCUCAUCAAUCCAAAAAGCACCCAAGGCGAAGUUCAUUUGACAUUUCUGACCCUUCAAAAGGCAGAAGCAUGCUUGUUGCAGCAAUCAUGGAUAUUGUCACUUCCAACUGUGACAACGUGGACAAAAUCAAACUUAAGCCCAUGCUAUCAGGAACUGCAGCAAUGAGAGAUAUUGCAGCUGCACUUGAAGUUAUUGAAGAAGGUGGCAUGCACAUGGAUGAGCCACCUGGCAGCAGCCAGGAUGAUGAUGAUGGAACUGGAUUGAAAGGCAUUGGAAUGGAAGUUCUUGGAGGCACUUCAAUUGUUGGUCUUUCUACAAGCAAUCAAUCAAUGGAUUUAGAUGAAUCUAAAGCCACUCACAACUCACCAUCAUUCAACAAACUAAACAACACUUCUUCUGUAAACACAACUGUUAUCCCUGGACUAUGGGAUGAUUUGCAUUCACAACAUGUUGCUGUUCCUUUUGCUGCAUGGGCUUUAGCAAAUUGGGCAAUGGCAUCAGAUGUAAAUAGAUCCCAUAUCCAAGAACUUGACUUCAAUGGACACGCUGUCAUGUCUGCAUUGAUUGCUCCUGAAAGAUCCGUGAAAUUUCACGGGAGUUUAGUAGCUCAGUUGUUGUUAAAAGACGAAAAUCUCCCCAUGAAUGAUUUUGUUUCUGAUUGGAGUUCUACCCUUCUUACAACCGUUUCUCAAGCAAGCAAAGCCGAUGAUAUCUCUUUAACUCGUGUGGCUUUAUCUGCAUUUUUACUAUCUCUCGAGAGAUGCCCUGGUGCUCAAAGGGUAGUUAUGGAAAAAGGUCUUCAUUUAAUGAGGGAGACUGCUAAAAGGACUAUGAAUCAUAAGUCUGUUCAAGAAUCACUAGCAAAAGGGUUGGAAUCACUUUGUUCAGGGGACAUGCGUUUGUCUCUUGAAGAAGGACAAAAGUGGUCUUGCAUUCUGCUUCCAUGGGUAUUUAGGGAAACUUCAUCUGAUGCUAUUAGAUCUUCUGCAAUCACAAUCCUUUCUCGCAUUUGUGAAGAUUAUGGCCCUUCUUCCAUUCCCAUUUCCCAAGGUUGGUUAGCUAUUAUGCUUUCAGACAUUCUCAAAUCCAGAAAGUUAUCUCUUAAAGGGAGUGCUCAACCUAGGGACAAAGUCAAGACACAAAUCGAUCAGGCAAAUGUACUUUCUGGCACCCAAAGUGUGAACCAAUUGGUUAGUGCUGUGGUCAACUUAGCAGUCAAUGGUGAUUCAUUUGCUUUGGAAGAUUUUCUUACCCUUGAACCAUUUAUUAACACCUACAAAAAUCUAAAGAAAGGAAAUAUCCCUAAAGCGAAUGCUUUAGAUUCUGCACUUGCAACUUUAAAGGGUAUCAAAGCAAUGACAGAAAUCUGCAGUGAUGAUUUAUUUUCUCAAAAGAAAAUAAUCAAUUAUGGCAUAAUUCCUCUGUUACGCCGCUUUUUAUUAAGUGAUGAUUACGAGAAAUUAUCAGCAAUUGAAGCAUAUGAUGCAUCAAGAGACAUGGAAGCCAAUGAUCAUGGUGAUUCAUCUGUUGUUGAUGCCCGGGACCCGUCUAGUGUCCGGGUCCCACCUACAGCUCAUGUCCGUAGACAUGCAGCUCGAUUGUUAAUGGUGCUUUCAGUUCAUCCAAAAGUUAAAAAAAUGAUACUGGAAGAUAAAGAUUGGUGUAAUUGGCUUGAAGAAUGUGCAAAUGGAAAGAUAUGUAGUGAUCUUAAAACUCAAAGCUAUGCUAGAGCAACAUUGUUGAAUAUCUUCUGUAAUGAUGAUGAUGAUGGAAAUAGUGGCUCUAAAACUAAAAAUCAUGGCUGUGCUCGUUAUGGUGAGACGGUUUUUUUGAUCAACCCUGGAAUGAGUCAUUGGGAAUGCUCUGGAAAAGGAAGGAAUAAUGAUUCUGAAGGUGGAUUAGAGAGUCCUUCACUUGAUGUUAUUUUUGUUCAUGGGCUUCGUGGUGGGCCCUACAAGACUUGGAGGUUAUCUGAAGACAAGUCAUCAUCUAAAUCUGGGCUUGUGGAAAAGAUUGAUGAAGAGGCAGGAAAACAUGGGACUUUUUGGCCAGGGGAGUGGCUUUCUACUGAUUUCCCUCAUGCACGUUUGUUUAGUCUUAAGUACAAGACGAAUCUUACACAAUGGUCUGGAUCAAGCUUGCCUCUUCAGGAAGUUAGCUCGAUGCUGUUGGAAAAGCUUAUUGCAGCACGUAUUGGAGAUCGACCUGUUGUAUUUGUAACUCAUAGCAUGGGGGGAUUGGUUGUGAAACAGAUGCUACAUCAAGCAAGUGCAGAAAACAGAGGCAAUCUUGUCAAAAACACUGUUGGUGUGGUGUUCUACAGUUGCCCACAUUUUGGUAGUAAACUUGCAGAUAUGCCCUGGCGAAUGGGUUAUGUCUUUCGCCCUGCACCAUCGAUAGGAGAGUUGAGAAGUGGGUCCACAAGAUUAGUGGAGCUUAAUGAUUUUCUUCACGAGCUACAUAAAAAAGGAUCUCUUGAUGUUCUAAGUUUUUGCGAGACAAAAGUGACUCCAAUAGUUGAAGGGUAUGGGGGAUGGGCUUUUCGAUUGGAAAUAGUACCAAUUGAAUCUGCAUAUCCUGGAUAUGGGGAACUUGUUGUGUUGGAGUCGACAGAUCAUGUUAAUUCAUGCAAGCCCAUCACCCGAACAGAUCCUUCUUACAGUGAAACUUUGCAAUUUUUGCACAAACUUAGAGCAGCAUCAUCAUAUCGAUGAAGAAUUAUGUAUAUACCAUAAUAGUUUUUAUCAUUUAUGGUAUGGUAGACCCCUCCUCACAUACAUAAACAUAAUCAUCAUCAUCAUCCAAAGAGUCACUGAGUGUAAAUAACAAAACAACAGGUACUAAAAUCUUUCAUUAUUUUACAAUCACAAUCCCUCAUCCUACCUUAUUGUAAAUUUAUCAUAUCUCAAUAUAUCAUUUUUUUCUUUUA